CGCCCCCCAACCAUCUGCAGCUUGACAGAUCUCUUCAAAAGACGUCAGGAGAGAGGGGCGUGAUUAUAAAUACCAGUGUCAGCAUCUCACCUGGACCAUUUGGACUCUACCUGUGGAAGAGACAACACAUACCGCAUCUUGGAAUUAUGAAGGGACUAGCAGUGGAUUUCUCUUUUGCGCUUCUUCUGGUGGAUUUGGUUCUGGGUCUCGCCGCACACUCCUUCGCUGGGAUGCACCCUGACGCACUGCUGCGUGGAAUGAGCGCCGGAUCCAGACGCAUCGUGCAGAGGCAGCAGAGCAGCAGGCUGCCCCUCUACAUGAUGCAGCUCUACCGGACCAUGUUGACCGAGGACCGGACUCCGGUUCCGGAGGACAACCCCGGUCUGCACGACUCGGACUCUGUGAUCAGCCUUGUCGCUAAGAGCUGCCAGCAGACUGGCAAAAGGUGGUCCGUCACCUUUGACAUGUCCUCCAUGUCUGCAAGCGACGAUGUCCAACUGGCUGAACUUCGCAUCCGCCUUCCCGCCUUCUCAGAGUCUCCCCGAGCCUCAGUGGACAUCUUCCACUCCCACAGGGAGCGAUGCUCUGGCGUGCACUGCCCAGACAGCAGGCUGUUCCUGGGCCGCCUGAGAGCUCAUCCCAGCUCCAUGGUGUCCCCUUCCUCCUGGAAGGUGUUCAACAUGACGGAGAUGCUCAGUCGCUGGCUGCAGCGAGAUCACCCAGCACAGAGGAUGGAGGAGGAGGAGGUGAAGGAGGAGGAAGAGCAGGAGCAGGAGGAGGGUGUCCGACACCUUACAGCUGACCGGGUCAUGAUGGUGGUCUUCUCAAGGCAGAACCCAAACAGCCAGCAGAUGCCAACACUCAUCCGCACAGCAGAGCACUCCAAGUACGUGAGUCUGGACCGGGAGAGAGCGGUGGCUGGUUCUGGUUCCAGGCAGAGGAGACACAGGACCAAGAGGGACCACCACACCCAUCGGAAAGUGGCUGGAGCAGGUCCUGCCAGCAAGCCCACAGAGGAGGAGAAGGGUCCUCUCUGCAGGAAGGUGGACAUGUGGGUGGACUUUUCAAAGCUCGGCUGGAGCGAGUGGAUUGUCUAUCCCAAACAGUACAACGCAUUCCGCUGUGAAGGGAGCUGCCCUACACCAGUAGAUGAGACCUUCACUCCAACCAACCAUGCAUACAUGCAGAGCCUUCUGAAGCUUCACCACCCAGACAAGGUGCCGUGUGUGUCCUGUGUGCCAACACGCCUCGCACCGCUCUCCAUGUUGUACUUUGAGAAUGGGAAGAUGGUCAUGAGGCAUCACGAGAACAUGGUGGUGGAGGAGUGCGGCUGCCACUGA